AAAGAAAUUCUUCUUCAGCUAGAAAGUGCUAUUGAUGCAGUGGAGCUGCCACCAAAUGGAAGUGGAGUCACCAAAGAGGGAAGCUACAUCUUUGAUCUGUUUGCAGAAGCCCAAAUAACAUUCCAGACCAAAACCUCCCUCUUGGAGUCACUAGAGCAGAUUUUACAGUUUCUUUCAGGCCGUACUGGUGUAUUUGUCAACACAUCUGGAUUACAUAAACUCUCAGAUAUUAUUCAGACAGUAUUCAACAUCGAUCCUCCAGAAGGCACAACAGGCUUCAUGCCACAUCGCUCAAUAUCUAAAUAUUAUAAGGUACAUAUCCAUCUGGAUAACAGCAAUCAGAAGAAGAAACAGAGGACAGAUCUCUGGAAUUCAUCAUCUGCAAAAAAACAAGGAAAAACCUUAAGCUAUUGGUGUUUCAGCCCUGGAUACAGUAUGCAUGAGCUUGUUCGACAGGGAGUCAGGACAAUUAUCCUUACGAGUGGCACUCUCUCCCCACUCUCAUCAUUUACAAUGGAAAUGCAGAUCCCUUUUCCUGUUUGCUUGGAGAAUCCUCAUGUCAUUGAUAAACAACAGCUCUGGGUUGGGAUCAUUCCUAAAGGACCUGAUGGCACCGUGCUUACUUCUAACUAUGAGAGAAGGUUUUCAGAGGAUUAUUUAUCUUCUCUGGGGAAAACAAUAGGUAACCUUGUGCGAGUUGUGCCCCAUGGACUCCUGGUGUUCUUCCCAUCGUAUCCUGUCAUGGAUAAGAGCCUGGAAUAUUGGAGAGAGCAUGACUUCACUAAAAGAAUCGAAGAAGUGAAGCCAAUGUUUGUGGAACCCAGGAACAAAGGAAGCUUUGCAGAGGUAAUGGAUGCCUACUAUGAUCAAGUUGUCUGCCCGAAGUCCAACGGAGCUGCUUUUUUGGCAGUGUGUAGGGGGAAGGCCAGUGAAGGCUUGGACUUUGCAGACAUAAAUGGACGAGGAGUCAUCAUCACUGGGCUGCCGUUUCCUCCUCGGAUGGAGCCCAGAGUCGUGUUAAAGAUGCAGUUCCUGGAUGAGAUGAAGAGAAGCGGUGCAGGUGCACAGUAUUUAUCUGGGCGUGAGUGGUACAGCCAGCAAGCAUCCCGGGCUGUUAAUCAGGCCAUUGGCAGGGUCAUCAGACAUCGCCAGGACUAUGGUGCUAUCUUCCUGUGUGACAACAGGUUCACAAACGGUGAUGUGAGAGGCAAACUGCCUUCGUGGGUCCGCCCGUACGUGAACGUUUAUGACAACUUUGGGCAUGCGGUCAGAAGCGUCUCCCUCUUCUUCCGUGUCGCUCAAGAAACUAUGCCCCCGCCCCUGCCACAACGUCCUUCUGGCUCUGCUGAUUCCCUCGGUGAAGGCGAUACGGCAGCAUCUACUUCAUCUGAGCACACCCUCUCCCUGCAAAAAGCCAAAAACUUGGAUGACCAUGUUCCCAGUUUGAAGAGGAAAAGAGCUGUGAUGCCAGUAAAUGGAGAUGGAGCACCCAGCCUAUGCGUGGAAUAUGAACAAGAGCUGGUCUCGCCUAGAAGAGAACGUGUUGGGCUCUUGGACGCGCUGGAGCGCAAUGAGAAGGGCAGCGAAGAUGCAGAGGAGGAAAACGAGUUGUUUGGAGAGGAAAAGGCACACCGUCUGUCAACACUUUCCCUUCAGUAUGAGAAGAGGUUAACUGAUGAGCAGAAAGGAGGAAGGAAGAAAAUAAAGCUAGUCAGCAAUACACAAGCUGACAAGAAAUCCGACCUGACGGAGCCAAAGAAAGCCCGAGCUACGUCGUACAUCGCAACAGUGAAGAAGACUCUGAGCCGGGAGAACUACGAUCUCUUCUCCAAAGCUCUUCAGCAAUACAAGAAGACAGACGACUUCCAUGCCAUGUUAUCUCAGAUGAGCUCUCUCUUUAUAGAGGAUGAAAAGAAGCAUGUCUUGUUACGAGAAUUUUACCAGUUUGUUCGACCUCAGCAUAAAAAGCAGUUUGAUGAAGCAUGCUGCAAUCUGACUGGAGCGGGCUGCGGCUACAAACCUGAGCACAGCCUCCUGCGGGAAGAGAGGCAGAUCCUGGCCAAGGAAAUGGAAGAAAACCAGAGUCAGCAGAAAAGCAUCUUCUCAAAGGACUCACGUGCUCAGCUGAACCCUGGGCUCCACCUGAACCGAGGAGGUUUCCACUUGACAACGGGACUGAAUAGUGCAGGACAGAAUGCCAGCCAAGCUCCAAGGAAAGACACUGAAAAAGCUUCAAGCUCCAGGAAAGAUCACCACCAGGUCCUCAGGACAACUUAUCUCAACGAUGUGAAAAGGGCUUUGACCCAAGGCACUUACAGCCGCUUCUAUGAAGCGUUGUUAGCUUACAAGAGGACGGAUAACUACGAUGCCAUGGUGUCUGUGAUAGCAGCCCUCACCACUGAGAGGCCAGAAGACUUCCAUCUCCUACAAAGGUUUUACAUGUUUGUGCGCCCUCACCACAAAGAGAGGUUCAAACAGAUGUGCAAAGAUGUGACUGGAAUGGUGUGUGGCGAGGGCGAGAAGCAACCGCAGCACCAGGUGCCAGGGGAAGGGAGCCCUCCAAGUUUGGAAAGCUGCUGCAUUAAGGAAGAAAACACCCACGUACAAGGGAGAUACCAGUGCUCUAACUGCAAAUCUGAGGACGAUGUGCCUUUUAAAUGUCCGUUAUGUGACUUCACUUGCUGCAAAACAUGCUGGGAGCAGUUCUUACAGGUGGUGAGGAAGUGCCCGGAGUGCCACAGUGAUGUGAAGAAGCAGCGAUUAAUCCAAGCUUUCUUCUGGUUAUAA